AUGAGGACCACGAUGAGUCAGAUUGCGUCCCUCAUCGCGGUGUGUUGCGGGUGCUGGGCGGGGAGGGCGAACCGGCACAGCGACCCCGUGGUCGUGAUUGCGCCACAAGAGGGCCUCAAUGGACACUCGGCCGUGGUGCUGCACACGAGCAAUAGUUUCCCGUUGGCAGCUGCCAUGUCUCGGGUGCAGGACGAGCAGCUGCAGGAAAAUGGCAACGGACUGGAUUUGCAGUCGGGGACGAGGGACCAUCAGCAGCAGCAGGCUGCCCCGUUGGCCUUCUUGUCCUGGCUGGUCAAUACGGCCAGGAACAGGCAAGGAUGUGACGAAGGACUGGACGCGGCUGCUGCUGCUGCUGCUGCUGCUCAACCUGGAAUCAAACAGGAAGGCGAGACUCCGAUGGAUGCUGAUGCUGAAACAGACAAGGAACAGGAACAAGGCAAUGAAGGCUCUCUGUCCAUCACGUCAUCCCUCGUGAUUCAAUCAUCAUCCAGCGAAUCACCAGCAUCAAUAAGUGCCGACAAUCAGCAGCAGCCCGAAGCCCAGCAGGAACCCAUCAAAUCGGACGAGCCGGACAAUCAGGAAAGCAUCCAAACACCUGAGGAGCCUCAGGCUGCUGAUCCCGACUCAUUGCCCGUCUUCGAUGAGCCAGAACCCGAACCCGAACCCGCUUCCCUGGUACUGCCGGCGGAAAGCGAAACCCCGAAAUCGGAACCGACGGCCCUGGAAUCGAAGCAACCACCUGUCGAGCAAGAAGCAGUCGUUGAUGAAGUUAUCGCGGCGGAAAAAGAUAAUAAAGACGGGCCGGAAGCAGAACCAGAAGCAGAACCAGAACCCCAAGUUGAGCAGCAGCAGCAAAAGACCUCGGCUUCGGAAUCACCGAUGGAAAACGAAACUACUUCCCAAGUAUUCGUGGCUGGCACUGAGACAUCAUCAGCGUUAUCCUCGACUGAGGAACAACACAUUGCUGCCCUUCAGCAGAAUGAAGGACAAACGGUAAUCGUUACUUCGACCGCGGAUCAAGCCAAAGACUCGGAUUCGCCGGUCGUAAUCCUGGCCACAUCCGCUGAACAAAGCCCACCGCAAAUCAAUGACGAGCCGGAAGUGGAAAUAAUCCAAGCAGACCCAGACCGGGUAUCAGCAGACAACACAGAAGCACCGAUCGUUCCCACCAUGGAACCCGUGGAUGACCAAAAAACCGAAAGCCCGGCUCAGGAGCAGAUGUCGACAAUAUCGACGAUGACAACGGCGACGUCUAAUUCUAAAACACCCGUCGUGAUGACGGACGCUUCUGAAAAGGAUUUCAUACCGAAACGACCGCAGUUUGACAGCACUUUCCUUCGAUCGCCGAGUUUCUGGGUCGUCCUGGACAAAAAGCGUCCCGGAAAGGUCUUGCACUGA